AUGCCAAUUCAAAGGCGCUCAGUGGCCUCAAUGGUCGCCCUCGCGGGCACCAUGUUCACUAUGGCGUCGGCCGUUCCAGCCAUUACGCCUAGACAGACCCCUUCGAAUCCAUUCGCACCAAUCGACCCUCAACACUGGGUUAAUCCAGAUAACAUGACAUGGUCCGACUUUGUCGCUCCCCCGAGCACGACCUGGAGCGAUCCUGCACGUAAAGGCCGUUCUCGCAACUUCAACAUCGCCAUGGUGACUGUGGAUUAUCCAGACUCGCCUUUCGUCGUCACUCUGGCCGCCAAAUCUGACAUUUUUGGUAAUCCGCAGCCACUUGCAUCUGGUUUGAAGCGAGAGGAUGUCCCCAAGUUCUAUCAUGACCUGCUCAAUAAGCCAAACGAUCUGAACGAAGGGCAUACGCUGCACGAGUACUGGAUGGGAGACUCGUUCGGAAAGUACGGCGUCGACCUCACCGUUUUUGGGCCGUACCGCAUGCCAUCAAAAAGCUAUCAAUACGGCGUCGAUGAUGAAGACGGCGGCUUCAACGAAGGCGCAUGUCCACAAGGCCCACCAUGCUCGGUGGAUCUCCGAACAGACGCCCUUGGUGCCUGGCGCGCGGAUGUUGGCAACGAGACGGCAGACAAAUACGAGCUUGCCUUCAUCUUAUCCGCAGGCCAAGACGAAUCCUCGACCUGGCAGGAGUUCGGCGAGAUGCGCUUCCUUAGCAAAGAAGACGUACCAGACGCAUUCGGUCCACCAGCUAAUAGCACGCUUCCUAAUUAUGCGAACACACGAUACGUAGAUUGGACUUCCUGGGCCUCUGCAUCGACAAUCUGGCCUAACGCGGGUGACGGCUCUUCGACUCAGGGUGAAUCGAGUGGCAUGGCUACAUUCGCCCACGAACUCUCACAUCUCCUCGGAAUUGGCGACAACUACAAUAAUCCCUUCUCCAUUCCCCCUCGCCGCGCCUACACUGGACCUUUCAGUAUGUUAGACAGAGGCUCUUUCAACGGUCCCGGCGGCCCUCACACCCGUUGGCAAAUUCCCCCAGUGCAAGGUGGAUCGAUGGGCUCUCUGCACACGAUGCGCGACAAGCACCAAAUUGGGCUCAUUGACAGCACUCCUAUUCUCCAAGUAUCCCGCGCAGGACUUGCCACCUCCGGCCCUGUUAUUGCUCAACUCACUGCACGCUCAGUUGAUCCUGGUAAUGGCCUCAUGGGCUUUAACAUCAGCUUCGGUACGCAGGGUGAUCUGGCACCUCGGUGCAACACCUCCCUUGACGCUUUCUGUGAUGGCAGAGGAUACAACAACUACAACCUGGAGGUUGUGGAUCGCAUGGGCGCCGACUCCUUCUGCCCAGACAGCGGCGUAAUGAUCUCCAAGACCAAAAACAUCGAUCGCCAACCAUUCCAGUGGGUUAUCGAUGCGAACCCUAAGGACGCCCAUGUUGUCGACUUUUAUUUUCCGAACGGCACAGCACGCUACUGGUCAAUUGGUGACUACCGCCAAUUGGUAGAUGCGCUCUUCCACGCGGGCACGAAUUCUGGCUCCCAAUACGAGUACGAAGACCUCGCAAACGGUCUGCACUUCUACGUGUUUGAAAAGGUCAGAGACAAGGCUGGUGUACUGAAAUACACUGUGGGUGUAAAAUCAACUUCAAACACCACGUCUACUGCUAAGCACGGCAUCGAGCUCGGCUCCGGCAAGCUCGAAGUCAGCGGAUAUGGCAAAUCAGCUGCAGACGGCGCAUACUGCUCGUUUGAGCUCAACAACACUGGUAAAGCCGCUCAGUUGAGCAGCAACCCACAUCCACAGGACCUCUCUGCAUACCUCGGAUCAGACAUUUAUCGUUUGACGGCGGAGGUAGAGGGUAAAGGGUGGAAGGUCGCGGUUCCCAAUGCACUGGCCUAUGCACAGGCUGGAAAGCAGAAGACUGUCAAGGUUGCAGUGGGAUGUGACGGAGGAUGCGCGAAGGAGGCCACCGUCACACUGAAAGUGACGAGCGAAGGCGACAAGAAAGUGCAGCAAACGAAGACUUGCAAAGUCAGGAUCUAG